AAAUGCGAGCAUUCAUCUCUAUUCUUGCCCUCCUUGCCAUUGCGACCCAGCAGGCGUUUGCUGGACUCUAUGUUCAUCACUGCCCCUGUGGUUACUACUUCUUGCGCAGCUGGCCAGAAUUGCCCUCUUGCUUGGAAUGAUGAUGGCAAGCCACCCACUCUUAGCCAAAUAGGGGCGUGUAACGUUGGUUUGUUUGUGGGCUCUGUUUCGACGCAGUACUUACUUCAGAGCAUUUCUGCGGCUUUUGAUGUUUCCAAAGCCGGCACUUUAAACUUCUCCCCUGAUCCCAGUGUCGGUGCCAACUCCAACCAAUAUUUUAUCCGCUUCACGUCAAAUACUCUUAACUCGACUACUAACACUGGGUAUCCAUACCAGGCUUUCUCCGCUAAAUUCACUCUCACAGGGAUGACGGGCCAAUUUAACUCGACCGUUCAGCAGGUGAUGUCGGCCUCUGGUCCAUUGACCACUGCUCUCUCCACAUCCGGCGGUGUUCAGAGCACCGUUAGCGGGGCCUCGAUCACCUCCAGCGGCAACAGCUCCAAAGUGAUCACUAGCACCACUUCCAUCAAGGGCUCUUCCACUUCUUCGCCACCACCUCAUCAGCGUCUCAUAGUGGUGCUGCUGUCAAACUCGUCGCAGCAGCUGGCUCGUCAGCUGCCGCUAUUGCUUUGGUCAGCUCUCUUGUUGUCGUCGCGGUCUCUGGCUUCUUCACGGCUCUCUAAGUUGUUCCUAUCAAUCAUACGGACAUGACGGGAGGUUGUGAAUAAUGCGACAGCUAACGAAUACGAUGUGGUGGUGUGAUGAUGAAAGGCGUAUGGACUUCGUCGACCCUAUCUUAGCCCUGUUCUUGUUACCUUCCCUCUUUUAUUUUAUUCUGCCACUUCACUUCUAUUGGGUGUCAUAUUCUCUUAGAUAAAUCGCGGACAUCCCAAAGCCUACUCUUCGCAUUUGUCCGUCAGGCGCUUGUGCUUUUAUAUCCUUUCUUUUUUUCAACGGUCUUGAUGUCGCUUGCGUUAUCGGGAUAAUUAAUGGAGUUGCGUUGCAUUCUCAACUAAGAAUCCCGGAGGUUCAUUGGGCAGAUGAGAACUGGAAUCAAUUACAUCAAACAGCAUGUCCAGCUGUACAGCUCUUGUGUUCUUGUGAAUGA